AUGGAUAUGGCAGAAGAUUAUCUUGACUUAGGUAGAACAAUGUAUACUGAUAAUUGGUAUAGUAGCUACGAUUUGGCAAGUGAACUCUUAAACAGAUCUACUAAUUUAGUCGGCACUUUACGUUCUAAUAGAAAAAAUAAUCCUAAAGAAGUGGUCAAUAAGAAAUUGAAAAAAGGAGAGGUAAUUGCGAAACAAUGUAAUAAAGGCAUAACUGUAUUGAAAUGGAAGGACAAGCGUGAGGUUUUAAUGAUAUCAACAAAACACUCAGAUGCUCAAUCUACGAUAAUUAAUAAACGAGGAAAAGAAGUAAUAAAACCUCAAGUUAUUAUAGAUUAUAAUAAAGGCAAAGGGUUAGUUGAUGUAACUGAUCUUAGAAAUUCUUAUCGCAACCCUCUUCGUAAAACUGUAAAAUGGUAUAAAAAAGUUGUUUUUGAAUUACUUUUGAACACAUCAGUUCUCAAUGCAUUAUCAUUAUACGAAGAAAUACGCCAAGAGAAAAUGGAUAUAACUGUGUUUAGAGAAAUGCUGGUUAUAAGUUUACUAAAGUCAGAUGAGAUGACUUUGUUUGGAAAUAUUCAAACUGCAAAAUAUCAUGAAUUGGAAAAAGUUAAAUCAAGAGGACGUUGUUUUGCUUGCUAUAAAGAAAUGAAGCUUCAAGGUGGACGCGAUCAUGCUCAAAAGAUAACAAGACAAGUAACAACAAAAUGUAACGUUUGCAUUACAUUUUUUUGUAUGCCUUGUUUUUUCAAUGAGCAUAAUGCUGUUAAAAAGUAA